GUUCCAAUACUAGCGUUUACACAACCUUUUUUUUCUAUUUGUAUCAAAUAAGCCUCUUGGUUUGUCUUUCACUUCAGCUGUCAGAAAAUGAGCGCUUUAGUCUGGGAUAUUAAGAAUGGGGAAUUAGAUUCCGUGAAACACGAAAUUGAAAACAAGGGCAUAGAUGUAAACCUUGAUGUAAAUGGGAGACCACUUAUUUUGCAUGCAGCAGACUACGGACACCAUGCCAUUGUCAAUUACCUGAUUUCAAAAGGAGCUGAUCCAAAUGCAAAGGACUCUUAUGGCAUAUCAGCGUUGUUAGCUGCCAUUUGGGAAGGACAUACCGAAUGUGUUAAAGUUUUAGUAAGCAAGGGUGCCUUGGUGAAAGGAGUAUCUCCAGAUGGAACGUCAUAUUAUGAUGCUGCAAAAAAGGAUGAAAUUAAAGAGUUACUGAAAUAGGAAUAAUAAAGAACUUGCAAAACACUUUCCUCAUUUCAAUUCUUGUAAUUUUUCAUAUUCAUUUCCUUUCUGCUAGAGGAAAGUUGUUGUAAGAGAUCAAAUGUUUUAAUUAUGAAAAUACACAGACUUAUC